CCUGCAGUAUUUACCAUGCUGUAUUUCAUCCUGGAGACCUCUUAUUUCGAUGCGCUUUUUCCAUUGUUUUUGUUUUAUCUCAGGCGGUUGAUGCAGACGCAUAAAUUACGUCACAUACCCAACUAGCUAAACGGAGGUCGCCAUUUUGGCUCAAAUAAAGUCAGAAACAUUUAGUUGGAUACGAAUGUUUUAUAUUUUAGGUUUAAUACAUUCCAUAUAAUUUUCUGAGCAUCCUCGUUAUGUGAGUGAGAUCACAUUUGACAAUUAACGUUUUUUUUUACGAUGAAAAUGUGCAGUUUGAUUUCCACAAAGUAAUGAUUACCUCUACGGAGCUUGGCUGUCAGCAUAAAAUAAACAAAUAAAUAUUAAUAAUUUUGACGCUCGUGUAUUUUCCGUGCGCAAUGGGUGGAUGUUCGGCUCCUAAUUGUUCCAAUUCAACCAGCAUAGGGAAACAGCUAUACAGAUUUCCAAAAGACCCUGUCAGAAAGAAGAAAUGGGUUGUGAAUUGCCGACGCGACUUUGAACCAACUCCACACUCGAGACUUUGUCAAGACCAUUUUGAGCAGAGUCAGUUUGAGGAGUUGGCAAAGUCUCCGGCUGGUGGAAAGAAAUUGAAGCCCAAUGCCAUCCCAACUCUCUUCAGCGCUGGAGACCCUCCUUACCCUGCAGUUACCACUCCAUUCAUUAUGCUUCCCUUGAAACAUGAGCUAGUGGAGAAGGAGCCCAACGUUGGUGACCAUGGCUAUGCUAGACGCACUCCCCUGCUCGGCCUGGAAGAGGAGGAUGGAGAUAGGACAGCUGCGGGCCAGCAGUCCUGCACUCAAUGUCACCUCCUCAAAAAACAGCUGGAGAAAGAGAUGCAGCACACCGUCAGACUACAAAAGGAGGCAGAGGAGAUGAAGAAACGUCUCUACAGGCUGGACCGUAUUGAGAAGGGACUCCAGAACUUUUUGUAUGAGGACCAGAUCCGUGCUCUGUCUCUCACCAAACGCUCUCGCCGAGCCGUCUGGUCUCCGGAGACUAUCCUGAAGGCCAGAAAGAUUCGAAGCGCAGUGGGCACCAAAGGCUACGAGUACCUGAGGGAGCUGGGCUAUCCGUUGCCCUCCUACCGGACUCUAUGUAACCGCCUGGAAACCAAGAUCAUGGUCACAACUGACAUGAGCUGUGAGGAACUGGCAGAGUUGGGCUUGGGACUCGUGGGCGCCUGCAAUAGCCCAACGGAGGAUGUUGGCGACAACGAUGAGGAAGACCUUCUUGGUGUCUUGUCCUGAUCUGUGCUCUUUGUGUGACUCAUUAAGCAGAUGAGAGAUCCAGCAAAGGCUUUAAAAAAAAUGAUUUGACACCAUUUACAUUUUUUUUUUUUUUUAGCACCAUUGAAUCGAGGGUGCCCUUUACUGAGAUGACAAGAGCAUCCCAGGUUUAUGCAAAAGAGGAAACUGAGGUUUGUCAUUUGAACAUGCAACAGACUGAGCCAUGUGAUGACUAGCAGACCAAACACAACCUACGUUUCGUGUCACGACUUGCGUAGAAAACCGAAAGAACCCUCACAAAAUGUUUGUUCCAAGGGAAUUGUAUCUAGUCCAAUGGAAUUCACUUUAUCGACCCCUAUAAUCCAGAAAUUAUUACAUAAUGGUUUUUUUUUUUUGUCAGGCAGCAAGAAAAACGCUGCAACAAAGCCUGCAUAUAACAUACGCAUGGAGCAUGUUUACGCGUUUUCUAUAUGGGUAAAAUGUUAUGAUACUUCUAUGUACAUUUGUAUGCUUCCAUUUUUUUUUUUUUUUUUUUGCAUACAGAAAACAG